GGUGUCACAGUCGAUUAAAAAGAAUACAAAAAUAUGGUAAAAUAUAUUAGUAAAUUUGAUUAUAAUUUAGGAACACUACAAAACAAAGGGCAUCUCUUGACAUUAUCCAAGCACACAAUAAAGACCAUUCAAACAGCCACAAAAAAAAACUCAAAUUCUAUCACUUGAGCUUUUGCAAUGGCGUCGUUGCUAUUUGGUUCAGUACCAAUGGCUACUCAAUCCACGUCAGCUCUAUCUCCUAAUUUAUCCUUCUCUCGUUCUCAAUCUGUCUCCGGCAGCAUAUCAUUUUCCGCAGCAACACCUUCAGCAUCAGUUUCGUGUUCGUCUCUCACCAUUUACUGCGGCAGAGGGGAUAAGAAGACUGCUAAAGGGAAAAGGUUCAAUCACUCUUUUGGCAAUGCAAGGCCAAAGGACAAGAAGAAAGGAAGAGGACCACCUAGGGUUGCAGCACCUCCAGCAGCUCCAAAGAGAGACCCAUUCGACGAUGGCCAGGUCAUUAAAAUCGAGAUUCAUGACCCCUAGUUUUCUGGGAGGAGCUAGUUCUUCAUCAACAAUUUCUAUUCUUAUGUAGCUCUAAUCCUCUACACCUGUUAAAAUCGUUGAGAUACCAAAAUUUAAGGUCGAUUAGUUGCUCGUUGUACUGAGAUUUCUUGUUUUCUUGAAGGGUCUUCAUUAAAAUGUUGUUUGUCUUGUUUAA